GCCGGGGGCGGGACAGCACCGGAGGCUGGAGCGAGGCGUCGGGAUGCAGCGCCCCGGGCCCUUCAGCACCCUCUACGGGCGGGUCUUGGCCCCGCUGCCAGGGCGGGCCGGGGGCGCGGCCUCUGGUGGGGGCGGGAACACCUGGGGCCUUCAGGGUUCCCACGUGCAGCUGCAGGGGCGUGCACAGUCUGGAGCCGUCAGCGGCACUGGAAGCACAGGCACCAGCUGCCAGGCCUCCAACAGUCUAUACCCGGCUCGCUCGACGAUGUCCAAGGCCGAGGAAGCCAAGAAGCUGGCGGGCCAUGUGGCCGUGAAGAACCAUGUGAAGAAUAACCAAGUACUGGGAAUCGGAAGUGGUUCUACAAUUGUCCAUGCUGUGCAGCAAAUAGCUGAAAAAGUGACAAAAGAGAAUCUGAAGGUCGUGUGUAUCCCUUCCUCCUUCCAGGCCCGGCAGCUCAUCCUUCAGUACGGAUUGACCCUCAGUGACCUGGAUCGACACCCACAGAUUGACCUGGCCAUAGAUGGUGCUGAUGAAGUAGAUGCUGAUCUCAAUCUUAUCAAGGGCGGCGGGGGCUGCCUGACCCAGGAAAAGAUUGUGGCUGGCUACGCCAGUCAAUUCAUCGUGAUCGCUGAUUUCAGGAAAAAUUCUAAGAACCUUGGGGAUCAUUGGCACAAGGGAAUCCCUCUUGAAGUCAUCCCAAUGGCCUACGUCCCAGUGAGCCGAGCUGUGACCCGGAAGUUUGGGGGUGAAGUUGAGCUUCGGAUGGCCGUCAACAAGGCAGGUCCUGUGGUGACAGAUAACGGGAAUUUCAUCCUAGACUGGAAGUUCGACCAGGUGCACGAAUGGAAGGAAGUGAACACAGCUAUCAAGAUGAUCCCAGGUGUGGUGGACACGGGCCUGUUCAUCAACAUGGCGGAGAGAGUCUACUUCGGGAUGCAAGACGGCUCGGUGCACCUCAGGGAGAGGCCUUGCUAACCCUGCAGGGAGCAGAAUGCUUUCUUUAGGCUCCAGCAUUCCAAGGUGGACGUGGUACCUCCUGGAGCCUUCGCCUUAACGUGUCCUGCUGGGUGGACAGCUGGCUGUGGGCAAGGGCAGUGGAUUAAACCCAGUCUUAAGUAUUGUUAUUAUAUGUCUUUUUUAAAAGAAAGCUUUAAACAUAUAUAUUUUUACUAUUAAACAUACUGUUUUUUAUAAAGUAGAACUUGAUUUCAUGUUUUGUAUAAAAUAUUUAUCAAAAAAACAAAUUGGAGGGGAGGAGGGGGAUGGGAUGGUCUGACACUUCUGAGCCUGUUGGUUGAGGUUCUGAACAUUGGCUUUGCUGAGAUAAAAAGCAGAACUUUCCUUUACAUUGGUGAGAUGAAGGCCCUACCGGCGGUGACCUCCUGAUGCCCUUACAGGAAACUGUUUACUUGUCUGCCACUUUGUAUUUUGUUUUGUUUGUUCACUUAGGUAGCUUUCAUUAUGAUCACGCACAAUUCCUGCUUACAUUUUAAGAUCAAGUUUACAGAAAUCUGAGGAGAGCAGUGCGGAGUGUAGGGACUCCAAAUAGGAAUUAGCAGGGCGUUCUCUGCUCCCUGCUGUUGGAAGCCGUUGGCGGAAACACUUGCCCAAGCACCGCUAUGAAAUGUGAAGUACUUGUUUUUUGUUUUCAAAUGAUUUUCUUUGUGUUGUUUUUGUUGUUGCCCCAUUAAUGUUGCAUGGUUCCUUGUCAGAAGCCGUCACCUAUUUAUGUUGUUUGAAGGUUGAAAUAAAACGUUAUUAUGCCA